AUGACGGUAUAUUCCCUGCCCAGCAAAAACGACAGGUUUCUGCAUGCCAUGCCAUUGUGUGGUAUCCAGGAGGUGGAAGUACACUGCACCUGGCCAUUCUCAGGCCUGCACCUGUUUAGUCAACUUCUGGGCAAGAUGAAAAGCCUCCAGAGACUCAGUCUUAACAUCGGCAUUCCUAAGGAUGUCAACCCAGAAGAGUGGGAGAAACGGGCACAGUCUGUCAACCCAUUUACUUCUGUGUUCCUGCACUUACACCAUCUACAAGAGCUGUACCUGGAAUCUCCCUCCUUCUUGCAGGGCCAUCUGGACCAGGUGUUCAGCCCCAGGUUCAGGAAGAGGUGGAAGAGCUCAGUUCAAACAUCAUUGGUCUACUUGGGGGGUGACUUUGUCAGAGUAUAUAACAGCCCUCUGGAGGUCUUCUCACUCACUAACUGCACACUUACAGAAGAAGACUUGACUCACCUGUUCCAGAGCCCACAUAUCACUCACCUGAAGGACCUGUGUCUGAGGGGAGUCCCUCUGACCUCUGUCAGGGAGCCCCUGCGAGCUCUGCUAGAGUUAAAUGCAGCCACCCUCCAGCACCUGGACCUGGGUCAGUGUGGCCUCCAGGACCCCCAGCUUGAGGCCCUGCUCCCUGCCCUGAGCAGCUGCUCCCAGCUAAACUCCCUCAGCCUGCAUGGGAACCACCUGUCCAUGGCCACCCUGGAGAAGCUGCUGCAUUGCACCUCGGGACUGCAGCAUUUGUGUCUCCAGUUGUUUCCUGCCCCUCUGGAGAGUUUCAGCCCCCACAGAGUUCUGCAGUCUGGGACAUUUAAUUUGCUUUGUAUUCAGAUCUCAAAGAUUCUCAGGGACCUAGGACACCCCAGGUCCAUCGUUUUGACCACUGGUCACUGCAAAUACUGUGCCAAGAUGGUGUUCAGAAACUGGGAGCCCAUGAUUCUACCCUGCUUGCUUUGUCUGUGUGACUACACGAGGCUGUCUUUUAGCCUCACAGGACGUGACAUCUAG